AUCAGUGUGUUUAGUUUGACAUGUUUUGAUUAGAAGGAAAAUCGAAAUCGCUCACCUUUCGCCAUAUUCGCAAAAGUUUUGUUCGGAGAAUGUUGGACGUGUUUUAAAAAGUGAAAUUCGUGAAAUUUGUAUUUAUUUCAUUUAGAAAACAGCUGAGGAAUACUGCAGCAGGAUGAAUGAGCUUCGUCACAAGCCGAAGGAAAAUUUCACCAGUUACGUCAAGGAGGGUUUUAACGAAAGUUUUGCAUCGGACGAAUUCAAACCAAAAUUAUUGUCAGGUGAAAUUGAGGCUGCCCGAGUUAACAAUGUGUGCAUGUACACAACACAUUGCAUUAAAGAUAAUAAAAACAUCGAUGAGAAGGAAGGAGCCAUCAUCAUUACCAACUUUCGCCUUUCCUUUUUAUGCAUUGAAAGCGAGGCUGAAGAGCUCUCAGCCUACCAGAAAAACACAUUCCUCGGUAAAUACGAUGUGUCUUUACUGAAUAUAGAUAAAAUAUAUCAGGUAACAGACAAGAAAAAGCGUGUGGUAAAUCCACAGUCAAAAAACAGCAGUAAGAUUGAGAUUAUCAAAAUCGUAUGUAAGAAUUUUAGAAUAUUUACCUUUGGGUUCAGAAAAGCUGGCGUAGGGAAGGGAAAAUACGUUGCUGAUGCAUUAGUGAAAUUUGCUUUCCCCGCAAAACACAGUCUUCUGUUCCUUUACAACUACAAAGAGAAGUAUUAUCAUUCGAGCCGAUCGGUUUGCAUGUUUAACAAGAAAUGUGACUGGGUCAACGAAUUGAAACGAUGUGGCGCCGAGUCCGGAUGGAGAGUAUUUUCCAAGGAUAACAUGGAAGUCAACAGCACCCUGCCCAUGCAUUACGUAAUACCUAAGCAUUUAACGGAUAUCGAAUACCUCAACAAUUCCAAGAGCUUUAGGAAUUGUCGUUGUGCAAUAUGGGUUUGGAGUAUUCAAAAUGCUGCACUGGUACGGAUGGCGGAACUGAACCCGGAAAUUGCCAGCUCUACCAUUGAAAACACAAUGUUGGAACACGUGCGCAGAUGUGAUCCUUCAAAGAAGCCCAUACAUUUAAUGGAGCUUACCAAACUACUUCCCAGUAUUCAAGAUGUGAACCUGAGUUACCUCAAUCUGAGAAAACUGUGCAUACCGGAGAACGACCGGGAAUUCAUGCAACAAGACUCCAGGUUUCAUUCACUACUCGACAAAACCUACUGGCUCCUAUAUGUAUCGGUGUGCCUGAAGAAUUCGGUAGAAGCCGCUAAAAUGUUAAUUAGUGGCCGCACCGUAGUGUUACAGGAAAUCAGUGGCCGAGACAUGUGCAGUGUUAUAUCCAGCUUGGUGCAACUGUUGCUCGAUAAUAGCUUCCGAACAAUCACCGGUUUUCAGACAUUGAUUCAAAAGGAAUGGGUCAACUUGGGACAUCCUUUCAGCGAUCGUAUCGGGCACAUCUACAACGGAAACUCGAUUGAGCGGAGCCCGCUGUUUUUACUUUUCCUGGACUGUGUUUGGCAACUGUUGCAACAGUUCCCGGAAGAAUUCGAGUUUUCCGAAACUUUUCUCACAAGUUUGUGGGACUCAGUGUUCCUUCCUGUAUUCGACACAUUCAUGUUCAAUUCGGAGACUGAAAGGCAGAUUGCUCAACUGAAUGACCGUAUUAUUUUGAGGCCUGUCUGGGACUGGGGUGAACAGUUCAGCGACAGAGACAUAGCACUGUUCUCUAACCCGCUGUAUAAAAAACCUCCGGACACGGGACACGCGCUUGAGAAGAAGCUAAGAUUACCACCGACGGCGUUUCGUCUUCCUUGUAUCGACGAUUUGAAAGAAAGCAAUAAUUUGGCGAUGCAUCAUCCAUCGGAAACGAUUGCGUCAGCUCUUAGACCUUCCACCAAAACAUCUGACUCUCAGCAGCAGAAUACUGCUUCGACUGCUUUCCUGGAACCACAAUGUACAGUGAGGGACAUGGAGAUUUGGCACCAGUGCUACUUCCGUUGGAUACCAUUUUUAGAGAUAAAGAACGGUGGCUAUCCGCAAGUUGAUCUCUUCAAUAGAUCGGUGCUGAACAACAUAAGCAAACUGAUGAAAGUGAUAAACACGGGCACCAUGACGGCUUCUAACGAAAACAUACUGCUAGGCGGAGCCAACAGCGAGGAGAACUUGCUGAACAAGGAAGCCGCCAACGCCAACGAAGACUUGGAUGGUGUUAAAAUACCCGUUAUUAACUCGUUUUUCCCGUUCACCAGCAACGUUAGCAACAACGAAGAGCUGCUGGAUAUUCUGGUGACCAAUGGGGAGUUUUUGCCGGACGGUUCGAUUCUUGAUUCAGCUUCGUUGAAUUACUGAUUUUUGUUUGCCUCGGGGCAUCGUUACGCGUCAUCACUGCAAAUUUAUACGUGUGCACACGUAAAACAACUAGAAAAUCAAAGUCCAAACAUUGUUAUGCAGUUAAUUUUGAUAAACAUUUUACUAUUUUAAAUGUAAAUAUUUAAACCGCAGAACCAGUUAAGUGGAAAUACAUUACUAUUACAGUCAA